AUGUUUGGACCAAGAAAGAGACUUCUUUUCAAGCAAGGACAGAACUUUCGAAGCGAGAGGUAUUUUGCAAGAUUUAUGCUUCGCCAAGUUUUAAAAUUGCGAUAUUGGGUUGCAGCUGGCGUUUUCAGUGGUUCCGUUGCAGCUAGUAACCGAUAUGAGGAAUGGAGGAAAAGUUUGCCGGAGCUUUCUUUACCGGAAUGGAUCAAAAUGGAUGAGAAGCGGGUGAAUGAAUACAAGGACUUCUAUAAUGAAGCGAAAUCGAAAUGGCUGGUCAAGGAGCAAAUGUGGAUGAAGAAUUUACGAACGAAAAUGUCUGGUUUACAAAAUAUGUGGAAAUUAGAGCCUACUGAAGACAAUUCUUCAGAUGAAAUUCAAGAUCCGGAGCCACAAGACGGUCAUUUCUUUUCUGGAUUAGACUUCAUAGCUCAAAAUGAGGUUAAACAGCAUUUUGCAAAAGAUGAUGCUCCCAAAACACUGUUUUCAUCUUUGUCGGGUGUGUUCAAAAGAAAGAAAGACGUAUCCGAACAUGAAGAAAGUGAAUACGCAAAGAUGAAUGAAACCGAGAGAAUUCAAAAGCUGCAAGAGGACAUGCUAAAAACUCAGAGUCAAUAUCAACGAGAGCUCGAAAGAUUGGAGAAAGAAAAUAAAAAUUUGAGGCAGAGGCUAUUGCUGAAAGAUCAAGGUGCCUCACGAAGACUAAAGAAAAUAAAGAGAUCUUUGAUCGAUUUAUAUUCGGAAGCGCUCGAUCUCCUCACUGAAUAUGAUUCAUCGUACAAUACAGCCGAUAAUUUACCACGUGUGGUCGUCGUUGGGGAUCAAAGUGCCGGCAAAACAUCUGUCUUAGAAAUGAUAGCUCAGGCUCGAAUAUUUCCUCGUGGAUCAGGCGAAAUGAUGACGAGAGCUCCAGUGAAGGUAACCUUAAGUGAAGGACCAUAUCAUACUGCUUGCUUCAAAGACAGCACCCGCGAGUUUGACCUUACAAAAGAAUCGGAGCUGAAACAGCUGAGAAAUGAAAUCGAAAUAAGAAUGAGAAAUUCAGUUGCCAGCGGUAAAACGGUAUCCAGUGAAGUAAUUGCUCUGACAGUUAAAGGUCCAUCUCUUCCACGAAUGGUUUUGAUUGACUUGCCAGGCGUUAUAUCUACGGUGACGGUUGAUAUGGCUAAAGAAACGAAGGAUGAUAUUGUAAAAAUGUGUAGAACAUAUAUGGAAAAUCCAAAUGCUAUUAUCCUAUGCAUACAGGAUGGUUCCGUUGAUGCUGAACGUAGCAAUGUAACAGAUCUUGUGAGUGCUAUUGAUCCUAUCGGUGAAAGAACUAUUCUGGUAUUAACUAAGGUUGAUUUGGCGGAAAAGAAUUUUGCAAAUCCUGAUCGAAUAAAGAAAAUUCUGGAAGGAAAGUUGUUUCCCAUGAAAGCUCUAGGCUACUAUGCCGUUGUCACAGGUAAAGGUUCGAGCACUGAAAGCAUUGAAUCCAUUGUAAAAUAUGAAGACGAAUUCUUCGCGAGAUCUAAACUUUUCAAAGAUGGUGUCCUAAAGCAUUCACAGGUAACAACCAGAAACAUGUCUUUGGCUGUAUCGGAUUGCUUCUGGAGAAUGGUCAAGGAUUCAAUUGAAUCACAGGCUGAUGCAUUUCGUGCAGCACGUUUUAAUCUUGAAACUGAGUGGAAGAAUAAAUUUCCGCGAAUACGUGAAUUGGAUCGUGAUGAGCUAUUCGAUAAAGCGAGGGGUGAAAUACUAGAUGAAAUAGUCGAUUUAUCACUUGUACCAGCAGAACAAUGGGAAAAGUUUUUGAGAAAGAAACUAUGGGAUGCAGUAGAAACUCAUAUCUUCGAUCAAAUUUUAAUGCCUGCUUGCUCCGUCGAUAGCGCUGGUACUUUUAAUACAUUGGUAGAUAUCAAGAUGAGGCACUGGGCUGAUAAAGAUUUGGCUAGCAAAUCAAUACAGACGGGAUGGGAAAUUCUUUCGGAGCUGUUCAGAAAGCAAAUGGAUGAUACAAAACAUCGCAAAGAUGAAGAUAAUGAAGUAUUUGAUCGGUUAAAACGUGCCGUCUUGGAAGCUGCGCUAAAUGAGCACCAGUGGGAUGGCAAAGCUAUGGAUUACUUGAGAGUUAUUCAACUGAACGCAAUGGAGGAUCGCAUUGUACCCGACCGUCGCUCAUGGGACAACGCCAUCGAAUUUAUGACGUCAGCCAUACAAAAUUAUUUAGCUGAGACUCGCAAAUUGAUAGAUGAAUGGCGUGGUCCUUCAUUUUGGACACGUUGGAUUUACUGGAAAACACCGACUGCUGAAAACAAUUUGGCUGGUGCUGUUCAGGAGGAAUUGAGGAACAUAUUAAUACAAAAUCCUGAUCAUCCUCAGUCAUUGUUGGACGAUGAUUUGACUAUUGUAAGAAGAAAUCUAGAAGCAAAAGGUUUGAAGGAAUUGAACAACGAAUUGGUUCGAAAACAGUGGAAAUUGAUAUAUCGAGAACAUUUUUUGGAACGGCAAUAUCAGACAGCUGUGGAAUGUCAAGGCUUCUACCCACACUACAAACUCGGUUUCGAUGAUACAGAGGUGGAUUGUCAGGCAGUGGUACUCUUUUACAGAAUUCAAAAGAUGAUCGAUUUAACGUGUAGUGCAUUACGACAACAAAUCAUAAAUACGGAACAAAGAAGGCUAGAGAAAGAAAUUAAGGAUGUUUUGGAUGAAUGGGCUCAUGAUAUAAACAAGAAGAAAGAAUAUUUAACUGGUAGACGUGUUGAGUUAGCUGAAGAACUAAAGCAGGUUCGCCAUAUCCAAGAAAGGCUGGAAGAGUUCAUGGUACAAUUGCAGCAGGAGAAAUCCUCUUAA